AUGUCGACCGCCAACACGAUCAAAGUCGUCGCUCGCUUCAGGCCCCAAAACAAGAUCGAGGUCGCAGCCGGCAGCGAGCAGAUUGUCAACUUCAACAGCGAUGACUCCUGUACUAUCGAGUCGCGAGAGGGCAGCGGCGCCUUCACCUUCGACCGCAUAUUUCCGACCAACACGCCCCAGCAAAAUGUCUUCGACUAUUCCAUCCGUAGCACGGUUGAUGAUGUGCUCGCAGGCUACAACGGGACUGUGUUUGCGUAUGGCCAGACGGGAUCGGGAAAGACGUUCACCAUGAUGGGAGCAGAUAUCGCCGACGACAGUCUCAAGGGCAUCAUUCCUCGAAUCGUGGAGCAGAUCUUCUCGAGGAUCAUGACCAGCGAUGGAAGCAUCGAGUUCACGGUCAAGGUCAGCUACAUGGAGAUCUACAUGGAGAAGAUCAGAGAUUUGCUGGUGCCGCAGAAUGACAAUUUGCCCGUCCACGAGGACAAGCAGCGCGGAGUCUAUGUCAAGGGCUUGGGAGAGUUCUACGUGGGAUCCGUGGAAGAAGUGUACCAUGUGCUUGAAAGAGGAGGCCAAGCAAGAGCUGUUGCAUCUACAAACAUGAACCAGGAGUCGUCUCGAUCACACUCCAUCUUUGUGAUUGAGGUGACCCAGAAGAAUGUCGAGACUGGUUCUGCGCGAUCCGGACGACUGUUCCUCGUCGAUUUGGCGGGGUCAGAGAAGGUGGGCAAAACAGGUGCGAGCGGACAGACACUUGAGGAAGCGAAGAAGAUCAAUAAGUCGCUAUCAGCACUGGGAAUGGUCAUCAAUGCUCUCUCCGAUGGCAAGAGCACCCACGUACCCUACAGAGACAGCAAGCUCACGCGUAUCCUGCAAGAGUCCCUCGGCGGUAAUUCGAGGACCACCCUCAUCAUUAAUUGCUCUCCUGCAUCCUACAACACAGAUGAAACAAUCUCGACACUGCGCUUUGGUGAGCGUGCAAAGACGAUCAAACAGAAGGCCAAGGUCAACGAGGAACUGUCGCCUGCGCAACUCAAGGCUAUGCUCAAGAAGGCACAAUCACAAGUCACGAACUUCGAAUCGUAUGUCCAGUCGCUUGAAGGGGAGGUACUCAACUGGCGCAAGGGAGAGGCUGUACCCAAGGACAAAUGGACGCCAAGAAUGAGUGACCUGUCCAAACCAUCGGCACCUCCUCGAUCAGAGACCCCCACCAGCAGAGUCAAGAGCAUGUCCGACACACCUGGUACACCCAGACCUGAGAGCCGCCUCGACCUUGACAGGGCGAGCACUCCCAGUAUACCUCUCGAGAAGGACGAGAAGGAGGAAUUCCUGAAGCGUGAGAAUGAGCUUCAGGACCAGCUUGCUGAGAAGGAGAGGAGUCUUGAGGCGGCCGAGCAAGCUCUUCAAGCUGCACGUAAUGAGCUCAAGGAUAUGCGCGAGACACACUCGUCGACAUCGCGUGCAAAUGAGAAGCUGCAGGGAGAGACUGAGUCUUUACGCAUGCAAGUGGAGAAGAUCGAGUUCGAAACAAAGGAAGCAUCUAUCACCAUGGACUCACUCAAGGAGGCGAAUGCAGAGCUUACACAGGAGCUCGAUGACAUCAAGCAUCAAUUGCUGGAUGCAAAGAUGUCCGCCAAGGAAUCGACGGCGAUCCUGGACGAAAAGGAGAGGCUCAAGAAGGAGCGUAUGGCACAAAUGAUGGCUGGUUUCGAUCUUGGAGAUGGCAUGAUGUCGCAGAGCGAGAUUCAGGUCCGUGAAAUGGUGCAACAAGUGCAGAGUCUGCUCGAGAUUGCCGACAGCGGCGAGACCGUUCCUGCAGACGACCUUCAUGCUCUCAAGGAGCGACUGCUGGACACUCAGAGUAUGGUCAGACAACAUGACAUCAACGCUGGCAGUAGCCAUGUGGAGGGCGCACAUGGUGCUAUACUGGAGCAGAAGCUUGCGCAGGCGCAGCGCGACUACCAAGAACUGCUUGAGAAGAAUCUGUCUGAAGCUGAUGUGGAAGAAGUCAAGCGUAACCUCUUCGAGUCCCUCCAAUCGCAGCAGAAUGGUGGUGCGGAUUCUGCCGAAGUGCAAGAGACUCUUUCGAGGCAGCAAGAGGAGAAUGCUCGCAUGCGUCACGAGCUGGAAGCACUCCGAAAGCAGACCCUCAACGGCAGCAACGGUGCCACAGUAAGCAAGCAGCUUGCAGACUUCGACACGAUUAAGAAGUCUCUCAUGCGCGACUUGCAAAACCGCUGCGAGCGAGUGGUGGAGCUUGAAAUCAGCCUCGACAGCACACGCGAGCAGUACAACUCCAUCUUGCGUAGCAGCAACUCGAAGCAACAGCAAAAGAAGCUUGCAUUCCUCGAGCGCAACCUGGAGCAGCUGACGAUGGUGCAGAGACAGCUUGUGGAGCAAAACGCUCAGCUCAAGAAAGAGGUGGCCAUCGCAGAGCGCAAGCUUGUUGCCCGCGGCGAGCGUAUCCGUGGUCUCGAGGGCCUGGUGCAAGAAAGCCAAGAGAAGCUCAUGCUGGCUAACCACAAGUUCGAAAGCCAGCUCAUGGCCGUCAAGGAACGUCUCGAAGCCGCGAAGACAGGCUCAACUCGCGGUCUCGGAGCCGCACCGGCACCCGCAAACGGUCCCUUCGCCAACAACCCCUUUGGUCGGAUAGCCAAGCCUCUUCGCGGCGGAGGCGGUGGUGGUGACGGCCCUGCCGUACCCACCUUUGCUGGCCUUCAGAGCUCAGCAUCGCAGGAGAGCAGCGGCAACAAGCGGAGCAGCUGGUUCUUCAACCAGCGAACGUAG